AAGCACAACUCCUCCAGCGCCUCCGGCUGCCGCUGCCGGUGAAUUUCACGGUCUCUUUUCUUGCUUCACCAUUGCCCCGGCGUCCCGGCCCUAUUCUUCUUCUCUCUUCCUUUCUUUCUCCAGUUCGAGUUCUUCUUCGUAAUCGAAACUCCGAGAGGGUUUCUGAGCAUGGUCUGAACUCGUCAGCUCUUAAGAUUUCGAAAAUCGUUAAGCGCAAGACCAUCUAAAUCGAGAAUUCUGGGUCUAAGACAAAUCGGAGAAAAUGGCGACGCCGCCACCGCUUGGGGGAGUCAACUUCGAAGCAAAUCCUCCUCCGCCGCCACAGCCACCGGGUACUGACAUGACGGGGAUGUGUUUCAGAGACCAGCUAUGGCUCAACACAUACCCUCUCGAUCGUAACCUAAUCUUCGAUUACUUCGCUCUCUCCCCGUUUUACGACCUGCGGUGCAACAACGAGGAGCUCCGGAGGCGCGCAAUUCACCCUCUCGACAUCUCCCAGCUCUCGACGAUGAAAGGGUACGAGUACAUGUUGAGCGAAGUGAUGGAACCCCACAUGUUUGUUAUGAGGAAGCAGUUGAGGGAGAGCCCUGAGAAAGUCACUCCAUUGCUCACCUAUUACGUCUUGGAUGGCUCCAUUUACCAGGCUCCGCACGUCAGCAAUGUCUUUGCUGCUCGAGUUGGGCGGGCUUUGCAUUACAUAUCCAAAGCAUUUACGAUUGCAGCUUCGAAGUUGGAGAAGAUUGGCUAUGUUGAAACUGAGGGCGAGGAGGCACCUUCUGACUCAAAGACCAGCAAAGAGAAAAUCGACUUCAAGGAAGUUAAGAGAAUAGAUCAUCUUCUUGCUUCAUUACAGCGCAAGUUACCACCUGCUCCUCCACCGCCACCAUUCCCAGAAGGCUACGUGCCCCCUGCGAGUGGUGAAGCAGAGAAAGCAGCUGAAGGACAACAACAAGGAGGAGAUGCUCAACCCCCUCCUUCCAUUGAUCCCAUUAUUGAUCAAGGUCCGGCUAAGAGAAUGAAAUUCUGAAAGAAAGUACGUUCAGGGCAGAUAGAUUCUCUUCUAUGAAAGACCAAAUUGAAGAGAGGUGAAACAAUCUUGUGUGCCAGAGAAAAGGCAAAGGGAAGAAUUGCAGCAGUUUUUUUGCCCUUCUUUUCUUGUACCCAGCUAAGAGUUUGAUUUAUCUGGCAAUCAUGGUUAUUCUUGUAUUUUAUUCUCCUCCAAAAUAGAAUGAGAAUCUGUGAUGAGUGAUCCCUCCCAUAUCGGAGAUCCGAAAAACUGUGUCGUGUGGCAAAGUUAUUUUCAGUAACCAAACUUAUGUUUUAGUUAUUCGAGUCAAAGUCAGUUGUUUAGCUGUGAAGGGUCAAUGACUCAAUGUUAGUUGUUAGUUGAGCUACUUUGUAAGUUAGUGGGUUUGAGGGUGUUGCUUAAGUGCCGAGAUUAGUGACAAGAAUCAUGUACUUAAAAUUGCACGAAUAAGAGCUUGGUCUAGUG